AGGUAGGCGCGAGGCAGCGUCCUUCGGGUCCGGACGGAGCCCGAGGGGCGUCUUCCCAAGAUGCACCGCGGCGGGCCGUCGCUGUCACCGCCAGCAGGAGGAGGCUGAGACGGAGGAAAGAGGAGGCGGCGGCGGCGGCUGCGCUUUCCUCACCGGCCUGCUUGCUUGGCUUCGUUUCGCCUUGCCUCGCUUUGCCUGCCUGGAGUGCCGCCGCCAUCAUGGUGCCCGGAGCCGCGGCCUGGGGCCUCUGAGCCCCUCACCGCCUCCUUUCCCCUCAGAAGAAGGAGGAGAAGGGAAAGCGGAGGCGGGCUCCUGCGUCCCCAUCGGGCCUGGACCUGAGGUUAUUGCACUUAAGAAUGAACAUUGAAGAUAAACUGGGCGGAUUAUUUCUUAAAUGUGGUAGCAUAGAGCAAAUGCAAUCAUCUAGGGCUAUGGUUGGAAUGGGUGCUGCAUCUGACCAAUCAUCAGUUUCUAUGGAACGACAGGAAGCAGCCCUUCAAGGCCGGGCUAUGGCACAUCAAGAAAUGCUUUCGCCAGAUGAAGUACUACGAGCAAGUGAACUUCGACAACAAGAAAUGAUUUCACAUGAUGAACUCAUGGUACAUGAAGAGACGGUAAAAAAUGAUGAUGAGAUGGAGGGACAUGACAGGCUUCCUCAAGGACUUCAGUAUGCAGUUAGUGUUCCUCAGAUCAGUGUGAAACAAGAAAUUACCUUUACUGAUGUAUCAGAACAGCAGAAAAGGGACAAAAAGCUAAUACGAGAGGGCUUAGAUAUGCAAAAAAAGAAGAAAAGGAAACAGCGUUCACCAGCAAAGAUCCUUACAAUAAAUGAGGAUGGAUCACUUGGUCUGAAAACCACCAAAUCUCACAUUUGUGAGCAUUGCAAUGCUGCCUUUAGAACCAACUACCAUUUACAAAGGCACGUCUUCAUUCAUACAGGUGAAAAACCAUUUCAGUGCAGUCAGUGCGAGAUGCGUUUCAUACAGAAGUACCUGCUACAGAGACAUGAGAAGAUUCAUACUGGUGAAAAACCAUUUCGAUGUGAUGAAUGUGGCAUGCGAUUCAUACAGAAAUAUCACAUGGAAAGGCACAAGAGAACCCAUAGUGGAGAGAAGCCUUACCAAUGUGAAUACUGCUUACAGUUCUUUUCAAGGACUGACCGUGUAUUGAAACACAAACGCAUGUGCCAUGAGAACCGUGACAAGAAGCCGAACAGAAGUGCCACCAAAAUUGGCCUUUUGGGUCCUGAUGAAGAUCAAGGCUUUCCCAUGCCUUUGAAAGACAGCACUUUGCCAAAGAAGAAAAGGCAAAAAACUGAGAAAUUGAAGUCUUCUGGGCUAGACAAAGAAAGUGAUAAAUCUGAACAUAAAAAAGAUAAGAAUGAUUUCUUGCCUUUGUAUGCUGGUAGUACUAAGAUAAAGGAUGAAUAUAUGGUGGCUGAAUAUGCAGUUGAGUUGCCACAUCCAUCUGUCAGUGGAGGGCACUUACAUGAAGCACAUUCUGGAGAAAUACAUCCACCUAAACUGGUGCUCAAAAAAGUUAAUAGUAAGAGAAGCCUGAAACACUCUCUGGAACAAAGUCAGACCAUUUCAUCCUUAGCCUCUUAUGAAGACAGUAAGGUUUCAAAGUUUGCCUUUGAUCUGGUAGACAACAAAGUCCUGCUGGGCUCUGAAGGCAAUGCAGACAUUGACCAAGUUGAUCCUUUACAGGAAGGUCCCAGUAAACCUGUACACAGCAGCACAAACUAUGAUGAUGCAAUGCAGUUUUUAAAGAAAAGACGGUAUCUUCAAGCUGCUAAUAGUAACAGCAGGGAAUAUGCCUUGAAUGUAGGCACCAUUGCCUCUCAGCCUUCAGUUACUCAGGCUGCUGUUGCAAGUGUGAUAGAUGAAGGUAGCACAGCAUCAAUAUUGGAUGCAGCAGGACUGAGUGUAGAGAUUAAAGGUAACCAUGACAAAAAUGUCAUUCCAGAUGAGGUACUUCAAACUCUUUUAGACCAUUAUUCCCAUAAAGCCAAUGGCCAGCAUGAAAUAGCUUUUAAUGUGGCUGAUGCAGAAGUGACUUCCAGUAUCGCAAUCAAUUCUUCUGAAGUAUCAGAGGUCGCACAAAAUGAGAAUAUUACAGCAGGUUCUCAAGGCUCUUCAUCCGAUAAAGCCAGUAUGUUACAGGAAUAUUCCAAGUUUCUUCAGCAAGCUUUGGACAGAACUAGCCAAAAUGAUGCCUAUUUGAACAACCCAAGCCUUAAUUUUGUGAGUGACAACCAGACUCUUACAGGGCAACCAGCAUUCUCUGGUAUAGACAAACAGGUCUAUGCAUCUAUCCCUGUCAACAAUUUUCGAUCAGGAAUGAACUCUCCAUUAAGAACAACUGCAGACAAAUCUCAUUUUGGACUUAUUGUUGGUGAUUCCCAGCAUUCUUUUCCCUUUUCAGGUGAUGAGCCAAAUCAUUCUUCCUCAUCUUCCACACAGGACUUCUUAGAUCAAGUGACUUCUCAGAAGAAAGCAGAGCCCCAGCCGGUCCAUCAAGCAUAUCAAAUGAAUUCUUUUGAGCAGCCAUUCAGGGCUCAGUACCAUGGAUCAAGAGCUGGAAUGUCAUCUCAGUUUAACACUGCUAAUGGGCAGGUGAACCUGCGGGGGCCAGGGGCAAGUGCUGAAUUCCCCGAAUUCCCAUUGGUGAAUGUAAAUGAUGGGCGAGCUGGGAUGAACUCUUCACCUGAUGCCACAACAGGCCAGACAUUUGGCUAAGAAUUUUUUUUAAGUAUCAUUGGCACUUUAGCACAGGUCUGCUCAGCUGAGCGUGUUCUCUAUAGGAUGGAGUCGAGUCCUAUGCAGAUUUAAGACCUUGUGUUAUAACAAAAAAGUAAGCUGGUACAGCAUAUUGGUAACUACUUUUUUUGUUAAUUGCCAUUCUUUGUGAAUUGCCUUACAUGUGGGUGUCCACUGACAAGGCAGAUAGUUAUUUGCUUAUUAGAGAUCAGGAACUUGCUAUGUUGAGAUUUAAUACAAGAUGAAACAAACCAAAAAACCCAGAUAGGCUGUCUCUCCUAUAAUGAUUUUGUAGUUUGGCAGUGUUGACUAUUUUCAGGACAAGAAUAAUUAUUAGGUUAUUUCUAUUAGAAUUUCCUAAUUAGUUAAUCUGGCCAUUGAACUUCAGCAGGGAGUAUAAAUAGUGUUAAAACAAAAUAAACUCAAAAGUUUAAGUGAUAGUCAGGAAAUGAUGGAUAGACAGUAUAGUAUUUCUUGAGAAAAUAUUCUCUGGCUGGUGCAGAGGAGCAAUCCAUUAAACUGUGGGCCAAGAAGUAAAAAAAGAAAUAGGUAAUACACAUAAUACACAUGUUUAUUGAUUUCUUUGCAUUUUACUAUACUUUGGGGAAGUUAAUGUUUGUAAGACACACUAUACUAUUUAAAUGCCCAAAGAAUGGGAAGAACUUUAAAGCAAAAUACACAAUAUUAAUGCAUUUCUUUCCUUCCUGAAAGAUUGCAUAUUUCUUUGUAUGCAUCACUUUUGAUGUUUCCCUCUCCAAAUGACAGCUGUUGAGAUGUUUGGAUUCUAGUUAAUUGCUUUGUAGACUGCAUUCCAGUUUCAUAAUAUUUAUACAAAUCAAUUGUACUUCAGCCUCCAAAUCUGCAAUAAUUAACAUUAGAGCACUUAGAUUAUUUUCCAGAUGUUUUCAUUCCCCAGAAUAAAACAAUUUUCAACCCUUAGGGUGAAUAUGCCUACAUCAUUUUAAAAAAAUUACAGAUUUUUUUAAAAUAUGAAAAUUUAUGUGAUUCCUUAACAUCCACAUAAACCGUAUCUUGCCAACGAAUUUAAAAUAGGUAGAAUAAAUUGACCCAGAGAAAUUGACCCAAUUACAUGUCACGGUGGUUUUGUCAACUAGAAAUGGUGACUUAGGACAAGCAACAAAAAAUUAUUAAUAAAUUUUAACCGUUAUUCUUCUCCUAUGUAGAUAUUUUAAUAGUAGCUUGUCUUGAGUUAUAUAGUGUGGUGCAAUGAUUAGUUCUAUAUACAAUUUUAAAAUGGUGUGGUUUGACUUAACAUAAAUAUUGGGAUAAUUUAACUGUUUUAAAAACAGAAGUUUUAUUUUCAUUGUAUGAGUGAGAUGUUUUCUAGAAAUCUUUAGCCAGUAUUUUAUCUAAUGUCUGAAUGACAAGUACCUAGGUAACUCCCUUCAGUCACUAAUAUAAAUUUUCUAAACAAUAAAGACUUAUUUUAGAACAUCAUUGCUUACCAUCGAUUACAGAAAGUAUGUAUCCCAAAUGAUGUGUUGCUCACCAAGAAUUUGGUUGAGAAAAACAACAGCAAUUUCCAGAGAAAUCCUCACUAUUAAAUUUAGCUUCUAAUUCUGGUAGUCCCCCGUUCCAUCUGUGCAGUUUCAAGCCCACCUUUGAAUACAUAUGAAACUCAUGAACAGUGUGAUACCUCUCUCAAAUAAGCCUGUGAGUCUUCAUAGAUCCAUAGUCAUUCCUGUGAGUCACAAACAGUUGCAAUAAGAUGUUGUUACAUCCUGUUCCUUGCCAUAAAUUGCCUAAACUAUAUAGAUACAUAAAAAAAGUUUUUUAAAAGUCUAAAUAUAUCGAGUCAAAAUAGCUUUAUUGGUGAUGCAUUCACACAUGUGAAAAUAUUUUUAAAAAUAAUCUCCUAUUUAUCAAGUUUAAUUUUUAGUUUGCCACCACACUAAGACAGUUAGCACAUACUGUUAAUUUUAACCAACCAUCUCUAUCUCUAUCACAGUACCAUAUUUCACCAAAUCUAAGAUGCCAUAGAUUCCAAGAUGCACCCCCUUUUUGGAGCUUCUAUUUUAGAAAAAAAAAAUCUUUAAAGAAACUAUAGACUUCCGAAUCUUAUCUGCAUUAGCGAUUGAGGGGAAAAACAGCUGAGAAAUUGCUGGGAGGAAGCUUGAUGGCUCCUGCAUAUUUAGGAUGCCCACAAUUCUAAGAUGUGUCCCCUUUUAAGCCUGGAUUUUUGGGUGAGAGUGUUUAUUAGAAUCGGUGAUAUACAGUACUCCUGUUUCUGUAUUUAACAGUAGAUCAUGAGCUUAAGUUUUCUGGAGGAAGUUACUAGGAAAGUUUCAGUGAACAAGUACACUGGGUAAGACAAAGUCAGAAUGUAAAGAGCAAAGAAUUACAGUCUGUGUAGAGGAAACACAUGGAUGCUCCUUUGAAAGUAUCAAGUGUGAGAAACUGAAGAGAGAGAUGAUGGAAUUCUGAUGAUCAUGCAGUGAGUUUUAUAUUCCUUUGGCCAUGCAUUCCCAUAUAUACCAUAGCUUUUAGGACAUAUUCUUCUCAGAGUUUAUCUUGCACUUGCAGUAAGAAGCUAAUUUGUAGGGACUUAUUGGGGAUGGGAAUCAGUGCCCAGAAAUGUUUGUAUAGUAUUUCAGCCAUGAACAAAAACUCAAUUUGAGACUUUGAUUCUGGCCACUCAAAUCAUGUUAGAAUUUGCUCCUAAACUGCUUCUAAAUGGAAAAUACGAAUCUUAAUAAUUAUAUACACAUCUAAUGAUAAUAUUAAUAGAAAUAUUCAAUUUUGUGGGAUAAUGCUUUAUUAAAGCAUGUUUAGGAUAUACUUAGUUAGGGUUCUACAGCCCUACUAAAUCCAAAUAUACCGUUUCAGUUUGAAUAACGAUAACUUUGAAAUCAGGUUUUAAUGCCUCUGAUUAAUCUUUAAUAGCUAAUAUUUGGGAAGUAUGUUCAACUUCCCUCUUUCAACAUUAACACAAUUUGUUGUCCCAUUUAUUAUUCACAUAAUAUAAUACGGUAUUAUUUACAUGUACAUGAUAAUGAAGGAAUUGGCUUUUGAGUUUAUAACUGAAAUUGCCACUUUACCUUCUAUUUAUCGUAAUUAUUCAGGGUAUGCAAUUGAUCAAGAGUAAUUUGAAGAGAAAUAUGGUGUUAUGUACUGCAGUGCACCACACUUCUGAAAAUCAUAGGUUAGAAGGAUUUGUUUUUCAUUUCUGUUGGAUUACCUCCUGCCUUUCCUGACAUUAGUCCAAAAAAGAAUUUUCAGAAUGGAGAUAGUUCAGCGAAAGUCUGGUGAAUGGGAAUAACAGAUAAUCCCCACACAAGAUGGUUUCUCUUAUUUCUCUUCAGUGGUAUAAAGUCUUGUAGUUGAGGUCUCACAGAUGCUAUAACUGUAACUUUAACCAAGCCUAUUGCAGAACAUUUGUACAAACUUUGAAUACUAAGCCACAAUUGUACGAAUGAAUGAAAUAACAUUGAAUUGUCAUAUGCCUGCUUUUGUUUGCUUAUUUAUUUUGUGAUUUUUAAAAUGGGGUUUCAGAUCACUAAUGUGAAUUAAUACAGCUAUUGGCUUCCAUUUCCAUCUUAGCUUUCUGGUUUAUCAUUUGAAAAAAAUUCCACCUGGGCAUGUACAACGUAUUCCAUGUUCCUUUUUAUGAUGUGUGUAUUAUGUUUCUUAAAUAUCUGAAGAGGAUCCAAAGUGGAUUCAGGAUCAGCCUGCUUUAAUAUUUCAGUAUUAACUUGCUUUGUACUUGUAAACUUGCAAUCUACAAUUUUGUUGGUUAAGAGACCGGGCUCUUUUGCAAGUUUCGGGAGAAUAGCUAUUAGCAUCUAGUUCAGAACUUUAGAAGACUGAAAUGUGCUUGUGAUCUGGGUAUUUUGGUUGGUCAAAACUCAUGUAAUUUUUGCAAUUGAUAUGAUUAUUAAUAAAACAAAUUAUGUUUAUGUUUUCUUAAACAGAAGCCUUGCAACUUUUGGAAAUGUUUUCGUUUUAUGUUAGUGCAUGUUUGCUAGGUAUGUAGCACAUCUAACAUACUCCUUUUGCAAAUAAUAUGUCCUGAGAAAGUAUUACAUUGAUGGGAAAGUAUUGUUAUGUUUUAAGAAAACUCAUUAUUUUUAAGCAACUUUGUUUCAGGGAAAUUUUCUAGUUGCUUUUGCUAUACAUAUAUAAAUCAUUGUUUCCUCUUUUCAAUAAUAAUUGAGCGAGAGAGAGAGAGAGCAAUUGAUCUUCUGGUAGUGAACACAGACGGAAGCAAGCCAACCUUUCUCAGAGUUGUUUCUUGCUUUCUUUAUCCCAGUAGAUGGAAAAUAAAAAAGAAGUGUAAAUGUUUAUUUUAUUUUUUUAUGCUGUAAAUAUGAGUUAUCAAAUAAGGAUGUACCUAUGAUUGAAUCUUUGAUUCUGCACAGUUAGAGUUUAUAUAUAAAAUAUAAAUGUGUCUUGACAAUCAAGGACUUACUGUCAGUCUUCCUUUAUGAUGUUUUAUUAAUGUUAUGCAUUCCAUUUGUUAGAUUUGAGUACCAAUGUGGGAAUUUGUAUUGUCUGUAAAGUAUGUAAUGUUUUUACAGCUUGUUUUUAAACAAAAAAAGGAAAAAUAAUCUUGUAUAUGAACAGAUCACGUGACUGCUUUAUAUCAGAAGGCAUAUGAUGUACUGUAUGUAAGCAAUAAUGCCUAACUGUGCUAAUUUGCAAAUAGCAUAAGGAUAGUUCCAAAAACUGUUUGGAGAAGUUAAUAGCUUUGUUUAAAUUAAUACUUUUAAUCAAUAAAUUCCACUUUUUCGUUUGUAGUUUAACUUUGUUUACAGAGCACAAUCUGAGUUACAGGGAGAGCAGUACGUAGAUCUGUACUGCGCCUGCAUAUGCAUUCAUCGUGAAAUGAAUGGGUCAAGAUAAGGAAGACUGCAGCAUUAGCAUUCAUAUCCCAGAAGAAAAUAUAGGGUGGUUCUUUCAUGCUAUUGCACCAAAUUAUUAUUCUUGUAGUUUAAUUUAAUUUGAAAUCAUUAAAUCCUAAUAAGGACAAGUUCACUGAUACAAGAAAUGGUUUGGUUCAUAACUCACAUUGCAGUUGAGCAUUGUCAUUGUGUAUUUUGACAGAAAUACCUUUUGGCCAUAGGAAUUAAUAGCUGUUAAGAUGAGCUUUAUUCAGUUUUGACAAAAUACUCCCCACUCCCACCCCAACUUAGCUAAGUUUGAAGUCUUCUUUCAGGCUGUAAAGAGCGCCACAACCAUUUGAGAUUCUCAUCACUGCUUUAAGUGGGGAAAGAUCACCGAUUUAUAAAUGUAUGACAUAUUUUUUAGGACAAAAUGUUUUAAAAUGCUAGUCAUUUAUAUAAUGUGUGCUUUGAAGGAUUUGCUAGUUCACCUCUGUCACUUUUACUACACUGGUAUCUUUUAUAUGUAAUAAUGUAUGCUUUUUAUUAUUGUAACCAAGCAUUUCAGUAGAAGUACUUUUGCAACCAUGUUUGGGUAAAUUUUAUUGAUGGAAGCUAAUUAUAUUGGAUUCUGUCUCUGCAGUUUUGUCUUUAUUUCUAAUUAUGUCAAGCAAAGGACUUUGGCCUUCAAAGAAAUCCAACUCUCUACCUUUUAAAAAGGGUAUACUAUACUUAGUAUACUGCACUGUGUGAUCUGCAGUUGAAUCCAAACAUCUGAUAACUUCAGAAGGAAGAUAAAGGAUUAAUUGAACAAAUUGAAUGCUGGGGCAGGAUAGAAUAAUGCUUUUGUACUGCAUUUUCUGAUUUGCUCUUCUUUUUCCUGGAGUCCAUAUGCCUUGUUUGUUUUUUAGUUGUCAGCAUCCACUACAGUACUGGCAAAGGAUAGCUAUUUCAGUGGUGAUGCAGUAUUACUUUAGCUUAUGAUGACAGAUCUGCCUGUUUUACUCUGAGUGAUGAUUUUUUAAAAGCCAAUUAAGUUACCCAUUUAAAUUUUUAAAUGUAAGUAAUACAGAUCCUUUUGUAUAAACCUCAAGAAAGUAUGAAUUUGUGUGAUUAUUUUGUAUUUGAAAUAAAUUAGAUGAUACAGAAUUCCUAAGAAGUUAGGAAUUUUGUCAUGAUGAAGUGUAUUUGUGUAGUGGUUAUGUAUGGAUUUACAUUCAAAAUCUGCAUGUUUUUUUAGAUGUUGAGAAAUUGUUGCUGCUAAAUCUGGUGCACCAGGUCUAGAGUUUAAAUAUAUAUAUAUAUAUUGUGUUCCUUUAAUGGAAGCGCACAAACCUUCUUUCACUUAGCCAAUGUUUCUAAAUAUCUGGAGGGACCAGAAAGUGCCAAUGUCAAUCUCGCAUCUUUCAAUUCAUAUAUUGUGGCCAUGGUUGACUCCUUGUUUGAGUUGACUAAAAAUUGGAUAAAAUGCAACUUAUUUGCUUCAGACCUGAAAAGAACAUUGCAGAUCAUCAUUGUUUUUAUCUCUUUUCCAUAAAUGUGCAUGAUUCUAGACUUAUACACCAAAGGGCAAGGUCUGCUCUCAGCGUCAAAGAAAGCUGUGGAAAGGAAACUGACCUAGACUAAAAUAAUCAAAAGAUCACACAGCAAAAUUAGGAGUGCUAAGUUGAAGUGUUGAUGUUUAGCACAGCACUGAUAAUUUCCCAUUUUCUCUGAAAAUAAAAAGUGAAAAUAUUUUAAAACUGCACUAGCUAAUGAAUAAAUAGCUUAUUUGGAACUGAAGUGAAAUAGUGGCCAAGAAGCAGAUUGAGAAGGCUAUGGCCUCCUCUUUGUGACCAGUAACGUAAAAAGUAUCCAGAUUCCUUUCCUGUAUUGUCAAAAGAGCAGCAAUAGUUUCAUGGUAUGUAUUUUUCUAGGCAACUAUACUAGUUGUAUCCAAUAUACUGACUUUGUAUACAAUCAAAAUUUUGAGGCUACUUGCGUCCUUUUGCGCUCUUGCACACUCGCUCUUAUAACUGUAUUCUUGUCACUAGAAUAGUCUAAACUGCUUUCUAGUUGAUAGAGUGGUUUAAACAAGAUGGCACAACAAUAAGCAAUUGCAGGUUUUCAAAUUGCUCAAAUUAGUUCUUCCUCAUUUUUCGAAGCCUUUUGCCCCUUCUGGACAAGUCUUGCAAUGAAAACCUGUCAUAGGGUUGCCUUAGAUUCUGCAUAACUCAGAAACAGCUUAAAGGCACACAACAACUACUACUCUACCAGUUGUAAUGCUAGUAAAAAUACUGGUACCCUAAUUGUAAGUUGUAUAUAUUUGCAGUCGUCAAUCCAGUAUUCUGAUUGGAUUCUCUGAAGUCAACAGCUUGGUGAUAGAUAAACUAAAGUGUGAAUUAGCCUAUAUGUUCCAGGAUAAAAUGAAAAAUGUACAAACCUGUAGAACUAUACAAUGACAUAGACUCUGUUUAAGUGGCAUAAUGGGUUUCACUGCUCUUUGACAUCUUUUCCUGAUGAUGAAUUUGAGUUUACAAUACCAAUUAAAAUGUAUGCUCAGGUUUAUUUUUUAAAAAACUGUCAAGUGAAUGUAUAUUUGCAAUGGUUGAAAUUUCAGCGUGCUGGAAAAUAAAAGUACAGAACCUGGCUUUAUUAA